AUGUACCAUCUGGCGAAGAGCGUGUAUCAGCAGCUGACGCGCAAGGAGGAAUACUCCGUGCUCAUUUUGGGUCUCGACAAUGCAGGCAAGACUACCUUCCUGGAACGGUUGAAGGGCGAGUUUGGAGGCAAAUCUCUCCCUCCGGAACGAAUCAAUCCCACCAUUGGCCAGAACGUGGGUCAUGUGAUUGUGGACGGAAUGCAUCUCAAAUUGUGGGACGUCGGAGGCCAGGAGAACUUGCGGACGCUGUGGAACGCGUAUUACGCCGAGUGCCAUGCGAUUGUGUUUGUGGUCGACUCAACUGAUCGCGAGCGACUGGAGGAGUGCAAGAACACCCUCAAGGAGGUGGUGGUCAACGAGGCCACGGAGGGCAUUCCUCUGCUGAUGCUGGCCAAUAAACAGGACUGCGAAGAUUCGAUGGACGUGGUGGAUAUCAUUGAGAUUUUCAACAAGAUUGCCGAGCACGUGAGCGCACGUGACUCCAGAGUCUUGCCGAUAAGUGCCAAGGAGGGCACAGGAGUGGGAGAUGCGGGGAGAUGGCUUGCGGUGAGGUUGGGGAGAGUGCCGGUUUAA